CGUACCUGCUAGCAAUAUUGUAUGGUAUGCAAAAUUUUCCAACAAUAAAAAACAUCUCUACUUGAACAUUCAGUACUUUCUUUUCAAUUCAACCAUGAAAACUGAUCUACAAAGCCUUACAACAAUAGGAUAGAGUAGAAGAGAAAAGAAGAUAGACUUAUAAGCUUAAUCUACAAACCCCCAUCAGAUCAACAUUGGAAAGCCACCAUGGAGAAUAACGGCAAUGGUGUUCAGCAGGUAUGGAAUUUCAGGCCUAACGAGGCUGUGACGGGCCAAAAAUUGUUUGGCGUUCGAGGCGUCCUAGAAUAUGUGAUGUCGCAUAUGAAUCCGAAAGGAAAGAGCAAGAUUCCUCUGGGACAUGGAGAUCCUUCACAUUUUGAAUGUUUCAGAACGUCUGCUGGUGCAGAGGAAGCAUUGAUAGGCUCCAUUAGAAGCGCUAAAAAUAAUGGUGAUGCUCCCGCUGCCGGCCUGCUCGAAAGCAGAAGAGCGGUUGCAGAUUAUCUUUCACAAGGCUUGCCUUAUAAAUUGUCUGCAGAGGAUGUCUAUCUGACUGUUGGCUGUAUACAAGGUAUUGAUUUUGCUAUCAAAGUCUUAGGUCGUGAGGGUGCAAACAUUCUUCUUCCAAGGCCAGGAUUUCCAUAUUAUGACUCAUUAAUGGCAUACGAAGGUAUUGAAGUCAGGUAUUAUGAUUUAGUUCCAGAAAGAGAUUGGGAAAUUGACUUGGGUCAAGUUGAGGCAAUAGCUGACAACAACACAGUUGCAAUGGUUAUUAUUAAUCCAAGCAACCCAUGUGGUGUUGUUUUUAGACGGGAUCAUUUAUGUGAGGUUGCAGAGACAGCUAGAAGAUUGCAUAUAUUAAUUAUCUCAGAUGAAGUAUAUGGUAAUCUUACUUUUGGUGAGAAUCCAUUCACUCCAAUGGUAUCCUUUGCAUCCACUGUACCAGUGCUAACUCUUGGGAGCAUUUCAAAGCGAUGGAUGGUCCCUGGGUGGCGUGUUGGCUGGCUGGCUACUUGUGAUCCUUGUGGCAUUUUGAAGAAAACGAAGGUAAUUGAAGGGUUAAAAAAUAUUUUGAAUGUAUCUGAUAGUCCAUCCACAUAUGCUCAGGCUGCAAUUCCACAAAUUAUAGAGAAAACAACAGAAGACUUUUAUGGGGAGAUGCUGAAUUUGCUAAGUCACGUGGCUGAAAUAUGCUAUAAUCGUAUUCAAAAACUUGAUCUUCUCUUUUGUCCAGCUAAACCUGAAGGUUCUAUGUUUGUGAUGGUGAAGAUAAAUACAUCUGGCUUUGAAGACAUAAGAGAUGACAUUGAAUUUUGUGCGCUGCUUGCUAAAGAAGAAUCAGUCAUAGUUCUACCAGGAACCGCCCUAGGAAUGAAAAGUUGGAUACGUGUGACUUUUGCAGUUUCUCCUAGUUUGUUGGAAGAGGGAUUUGACCGGAUAGAAUCCUUUUGUAGACGACAUGCAAAGAAUUUAUAGAUUCUCAUUCAAUGUAACAUUCUGCAAAUUGAGAUAAAUGGCACAUUACUUGUGUGCAGUCUUUGGUAGGUUGGAAUUGGAUAACUGCAAAUCUGUGAUUCUGGUCAAAGAUUAUUUGACCAAGAAAUGGUCAAAGGUGAGAAUUGUUUGGUAUGAGUUCAGCCUAAGCUGAACAUUGUUUUGUGCACAUUACUUGUGUGCAGUCUUUGAUAGGUUGGAUAACUGCAAAUAUGUGAUUCUGGUCAAGGCUUAUUUUGACCAAGAAAUGGUGAAAGGUGAGAAUUGUUUGGUAUGAGUUCAGCCUAAGCUGAACAUUGUUAUUGUGCACAAUACAACCAAAAAAUUUGUCUUUGAAACCUGAAAUUGAUUUACCUUUGGUACA